AUGCCGGCCUAUUUCUUCCAUCUUGCCUUUGAGCUUUACACAUCACGCUCGUCGCCUGAGACAACAUACACGCCGCCUCCAAACACCGACAUCUUCGCUUCGGAGCUCCCUGCUCAUAGCUGGAGCUCGAGCUCAUGGUCAGCACCUGCGCCUCCCCACAAAAGCUAUAGCAGUGCCCUCAAACCCAUUGCCUCGAGCAGCGAAGCGCCAGCCCUACCAAAUCCCCGCCGAUACAGCCAUCGCACGCGCCCCUCAUUCUCGGAGCACCACGACAGUCCUGUCCCGCUGGUCAAGCCGCCCACUCGCCCUGCACAUAGGCGCACUAAGAGCUUUGCACAUAAAGACUGGCGCUUCGACGCUAUAUCUAUCCUGAGCAUCGAUAUGAAGGCUGCCGACGGAGCCGACGGAACUACACGACCCCACACCAAAUCGCUCAAGCAUCCUGCCGCGAACGCAGGUGGACUGGCUACGAAGGGCAAAUUCAUACCCUCGAGUCCGAAGGAUACCGAGCUUGGCUGGGGUGUGGUGCAUCUAUACCGUGACGGGCAGGAAACACCAGGCCUUUAUGAUGAGGGUGCGGCGACUGAGUUCGAAGAGGGGAACUGCACUACGCUAUGUAUACUGGCCGUACCGUCGUAUAUGACACCGUCGGACCUGCUAGGCUUCGUCGGCGAGCAGACACGGGAGCAUGUCAGCCAUUUCAGAUUGAUCAGGACCGCGAGGGCAAACAAGUACAUGGUGUUGAUGAAAUUCUGGAAGGCAGAGAAAGCGAGAGAGUGGAGGAAAGAGUGGAACGGAAAACCGUUCAAUAGCAUGGAGCCAGAAUACUGUCACGUCGUCUUCAUCAAGUCCAUCACCUUCCAGUCGGAUGCAGCGAACCGCGACCCCUCUUCCUAUCCCGACCUCACCAACGAUCCAUUCACCCCAGCAGCCACAGAGCAGCCCACCGCUCCGUUACCAGCAACUUCGAACGUCUCCUCUCCUGUCGAAGCCCCUUCUCUUGCGUCGUCCUUGACAGCCAAACCGAUGGCCCCUCCUACACCCUCCCUCGUCGAGCUCCCGACAUGCCCAGUCUGCCUCGAGCGCAUGGACGAAACAACAGGACUUCUCACCAUCCUCUGCCAGCACGUCUUCCACUGCGCCUGUCUCGAGAAAUGGCGUGGCUCAGGCUGCCCCGUAUGCCGAUAUACACAAAACGACGCCUUUACCUCUCACAACCGCGCCCUCGAUGGUGAUGCCCCAGACAACGAGUGCUCCGUCUGUGGCUCCACUCAGAACCUCUGGAUCUGCCUCAUCUGCGGCAACAUCGGUUGCGGCCGCUACGACAGCGCGCACGCCUUCGCGCACUACGAGACUACAAACCACACCUACGCUAUGGACGUCGUAUCCCAGCAUGUGUGGGACUAUGCGGGAGACGGUUACGUGCACCGCCUCAUUCAGAACAAAUCCGACGGGAAACUAGUCGACCUGCCUGCGUCCGCGCACGCAAGCGGCUUGAAAAACGCAGGCAUGACAGGCUACGCGAACGACACCGUCCCCCGUGAGAAGCUCGAUAAUAUGGGCAUGGAGUACGCCUACCUUUUGACCUCACAGCUCGAGUCUCAGCGCGCCUACUUCGAAGAACAAGUCGAGCGGGCGGUCGACAAAGCCGCGAAGGCGUCCUCAACAGCCGACGAAGCCAGCCGCAACGUCGCCGCCCUGACAUCCGACUUCUCCAAGCUACAAGCCCAGUACGACGACGCGCUAUCCACGAUCUCUGCCCUCGAGAAAGACGCCGCGCGCAACGCGGCGAAAGCAUCCUCCGCUUCCGAACUCGCGAGGAAGCUUACCAAACAAUAUAGAGAAGAACAGACCAUCAACGAGAGCCUCAUGACGCGUAUCCAGCACUUGGAAAAGAAAGCCGAGGAAGCUGAGACCAAGGUUAAGGAAGUGGAGGCCCAAAAAGCGGAUCUGGAGGAGCAGAACCGCGACUUGAGCUUUUUCAUCAGCGGACAAGAGAAGCUCAAGGAGAUGCAGGGGAAUGAGGUCAUGGGGCUGGAGGAGGGCGAGGUGCAGAGUGGGUAUGUGGAGGUCGGAAAUAACUCGUCGAAGGGAAGGCGGAAGGGGAAGGGGAGGAAGACAUGA